UUCAGAAAAUUGGACAUUUAUGUUCAACCUCACAUCUCUACCUACGGGGAUCUAUAAUUUUUGCGACUAUGACUCUGUGGAUGUUACCAACACUGGGAUUGUGGUUAUUCUGUACAAUUUGGUGUUUGCCCUGGGUCUCCUUGGUAAUGGCCUUGUGGUUUGUGUCCUGGUGAAGCACUGGAAGCAGAGCAACUUGACGGACAUAUGUCUCUUCAACCUGGCUCUUUCUGACCUCCUCUUCGUGAUCACACUGCCUUUUUACUCACACGUCUUAGUAAAAGGCUAUUGGACCUUCGGAAACUUCAUGUGCAGCAUCUUGUCAGGAUUCCACUGUACAGGCUUCUUCAGCAGCAUCUUCUUCAUGAUUAUCUUAACGCUUGACCGCUACAUUGUUAUCUUGCACAGUCACAAAGUAGCACAAUACCGCACAAUGAGGCUAACCAUCGCUCUGACCCUCACCUCUUGGAUUUUGAGCGCCUGUGUUUCUCUGCCGUCUUUCAUCUUUACAAAAGUCACAAAUGACGAAUGUCAUUUACUCCCUGAAAAUGAAGAUUGGUAUCAUUAUGACCUGUUUGCGAAAAACAUACUGGGUCUAAUCCUGCCUUUGUUGCUGAUGGUAGCUUGCUACUCCAGGAUCAUUCCUGUACUGGUGAAGAUGAAAACUGCAAAGAAGCACCGCGUUGUUAAGCUGAUCAUCUCUAUAGUGGGAGUCUUCUUCUUGUUCUGGGCGCCAUACAACAUUUCCCUUUUCUUGAACUUUUUGCUUUCACAUAAUAUAAUCCCUCAAACAUGUGAUAGCGACAAAAACCUGAGACUGGCAGAGUCAGUGACUGAAGCAUUUGCUUACACUCAUUGCUGCCUGAAUCCCAUUAUAUAUGCCUUUGUGGGGCAAAAGUUUAUGAGACGAACCCUACAAAUGCUGAAGAAGUGGUUGCCGAUUUCCACCACAGAUCUGUUGGAAAGUGUAUCCAGAAGGAGCUCAGUUGUGUCCAGGUCCUCUGGAUUCAUGGUUACCACCAUGUGAAAUUUUGUACUAAAAGGAUUUACUUACCAACCUUUAUUUGGACUAUAUUUUGUUUGAUCACUUGUAUUUAGUGGAUUAAAGGUUAAAAUCAGACGAAAGUUGAAAAAAAGAAAAGGUAAUCAAAGGAAAAAACUAUUGUCAAAAGGUUUCUGCCACAGACAGCUCUAAAGGGAAGUUGGAAAUGCAGUGAUACAUGGAUAAGACAUUUUUUUUAUUAAUUUUCACAUAUAUCUUCAUGUAGAUGCUGUUUAUUAUUCAGCAUUUAUGAUUUUUUUAUGAAUACAGUUUGACAAUUGCACCAUAUUCAAAGUGAUCUUUUAUAUAUGCAUAAAUGCAACCACAAUUACACAUUCAUACACACAACAUUAUAAAAAAAAAUAUGCAAGUCAUUCUUGUUUAUCAAAAUAUUAUUUUAAUCUCUAUAGUUUUCUUUCUUUCAAAGUUCAAAUGAAAGUUAUGAGACAGAAUUCUUAAUUAUACCACAUAACUAGGUAUUAACGUGACGUAUGGAAAAACAUUUUAAAACAAAUGGCUGAUGUUGAUCAUUUAAGCAAAAUUAUGUUGCUUUUUACAUUUUCACAUACAAAAAAUAUUAAUUAGUAAUGAUAUUAUUGUUGUAAGUAACAGGUCUGGUGGAUCAAAGUAGCAGACGGAUGGAAAAAAAUGGUUUAAGUUGUUUAUUGUGAGCUAAAGUCUUCAUUAGAAGAAGUGGUUGGACCAGGCAGCAGGCAGGCAGGGUGGCAGGUAAUUUCAGAGAAUAAGAAACUAUAAGGCUGAAGAGAGCUUCUGGAUGCUAGUGAAAGAAAAGGGCGAGGCUUAUAAACUAUCGUUUUGAUGAGGGUGAAAGAGCUACAGCUGAGUCAGAGGCAGGACUAGCAGAGGGAGGCAGACCAGGAAGUGGAGAGGAAAAGCACAGCCAUUCCAACAAUAAUUUAUAUUAUAUAAAUAUAUUUAUAUAUAUAUGAAUGAAUUUGUGUUUUGUAGUCGCAUUUCAUAUUUGAAUAGGGAGGACAUUUCAUUGUGUAAUUUUAUUUGUGUUUUGCUAUUUCUUUACCUUAAACACAUGCAUAUUCAUUAUUUUGGCACAAUCUCUGGCAAUGGCAAUGGAAUCAGCUUUUAUAUCAUGAAACUGUCUUCUUUCCUAUUUUUUUUAUUUCAUAUUUUCCUUAUUUGCUGUUUUAAAUAUAUGCUGUUUUUUCACGUUCAACAAUAAACUAGUUUUAAAAAAUAA